AUGGCCAUCGCUCCCGCCGAACCCACCCCUCCCUUCACCAUGGCACAGAAUGGCUUUGCCGACGACACUGCCGGCUCUGCCACCCCGCACCCAUCCACAGUCGCCACCUCCUCCACACGUCACCGCACGCAUACUGCGGUCGGCACCGGUCGUGUGCUGCAAAAUCACUAUCCGCCAAAAGACACCGACACACCCAUCGACACCUCCUGCUCGCCCUGCACUCCUACAGGCUUGGCUGCCAGGGCUCCCAUCGUCAUUCGUCCAUCAGGUCGUCCUGGCUUUAACGCCCCCAAAGCCGCCACCCUCUACCUCGGCAAAGACCACGAGCGAUGGAGACAGUAUGAUCGCGAACGAUUCUCCGGCCUCUUCAGCUGGGAGAGAGUCGCCAGCGCCAUCAGUAGCCACAGCCAUAGUCGCAGCCUUCGUGGCAGCAGGGGUGCGUUUUCAUCCUAUUCAUCCGGCUCCGAGGAAGAUCAAAGCGACAGUGGUAACUCGUUCCGAUCCAGUAGAUCCAGAUCUUCACGCUACAGCGGCAGUCGUCGUCCUUCCGAGGCGUUUAGCCCUCCUAUCACCCCCUUGGAUUCUACCACCCCAUCUUCAAGGCCUAGGCGCUUCUCUUCAAAUGGUCCCGAGGCUGCUUUUCACCGGCACGAAACCGUCAUCGGCAUCCAUACACCCAACAGGCGUCGCUCGUCUGCUUCGUCAGAUGCUUUGCCAUUCUUGCGCCCCCUCGCACAGAUUAAUCCCGCAAGCGAAACACCAAACAGCGUCGAUGUUCCCGUGCCUGCAUCCACAAGCACCCACCUUACAGCCGAAGCCCAAAAACCUACAAAGAAGCCUAAGCACGCCAACGAUCCACGUGCUGUUACCAAAAAGAAGCAACCCAAGUCGGUCAAGCCACAUACGGCAAAGUCUCGGAGCAAAGAUGCACCGGUUCCCAACACGUCAGGACCACAUGGCAUUCUUGAUCUAGACGAUGCUGCUCGCCCGCAUCUGCGCCGCCUGCGCUCAAACUUGGAAGAAGCCGCUGCGGCUGCGGCUGCCUCGACCGAGGCGAGUCCAGCUAUCGAAGAGGAUGCGGAUGCGGAUGCAGAUGCGCUCGCCGAGCGGAUCGGCAUGCACGUCUCACUCUCGGAUGCCGCUCUGGACGGCAAAGGUCCUUUGAGUGCUCAAGACCUGCGCUAUCUGUUGGCUAGCGACCAUCGAGCAACCACCGCACGUUGUGCGGCACCAAGUGGCUCUCCACGUGCUCCUCCGCUCAAGCUCGCUCAACGUCUGUACCCGCAAAAGGUAGAGGGCACUCUGUACGACAAGACGGGCCCAUAUCGCGAAGGUGCCGUCUCGGAUGGCUUGAGCGUGAGACUCUUCAGCGCGCAAUUCGAGCGGCGUACCAGCUCAUUUGAGGAUGCGGACCUGUCCAACUCGGAGCACCCGGUCACCAAGCGUUGGGGACGAAGAGGCUCCAGCAGUAGCUACGACGAGGACGACAGUGAUGCGGUUUUUAUGCAGACUAGGCGAAAGAGAUCAAACAGUUCUGGCGGUGAUGAGCGUCGACUGUCGCCCAAACCCUCGUUCUCCGACGCUGCUCAUGCACCGUCAGACUUGGGCGUCGAUGACAGCAGCAACGAGGUGUACCUCAUUACUACGCCCGACAAUCGUGUCUCUUCAGCUGCCAAGUUGCGUCGGUGGGCGAUGGACGGCGCCGGCAACUUUUAUGCCGCCAUGGAGAUCAAAAGCAUUGAAGCAAAGUUGAAAGCCGCCGAUCCAUGCGCUGGCCGAGUAACGCAGGAACUCACCAAGGAGCUCCAAGAGACUUAUCUGGAUGACAUUCUCGACGAAGUGCAGAAAGCACAGACGCUCAACCCCACUCGCAGCGGCGCGAUUUCAAAGAUCCUUAAGACCGAGGACGAUCGAUACAUCCGUCUGGAGCAAGACUAUCCCGAAGAAGCCUUCUUUGUGAUCGCGGGGUGCGAAGAAGCCGAGCUCAAUGGUGUCAUCAUUAACAUCUUUGUGCACGCGAUCCGAACGCUUUCUCGCUUUCACGCUUCCGGCUGGAUGCACGGCGACGUCAAGUUGGAAAACUUGAUGUUUGACGAGAACGGCGAACUGGUAGUGAUUGAUUAUGAGAAUGCCAAUCCGUAUCGUGGCAUUCCGGGCGGUGACGGACAGGUGCAGUUGGUCAGUUACGACUGGAUCCCUCCAGAGGCGUGCCCAGGGGCCAUGGGGAGGCGAAUGGGACCAAGCGGAGAUCUGUGGGCACUGGGGUGUAAUCUCAUCAGGGCGUUUGCGCUAAGGGAUGGAGUGGAGGAUGCAAGUAUCAGGGAGACGCUACUGGGGAAAGGUCAGAAGGCGUUUUUGGACAAGAUGAGCAAGCUUGUAUCUAAGAAGGAGACGCCUAGUGAUGCGGAUGGACGUAUGAAGGAUUACUUUGCUCGAAAGAGCGCGGAUGAAAAUCAGGCUAACCGUGUGGCGGGAAUGCCGUGGGACAUAUUCGCAUAUCACGUCGAUCUCGAACCGAUUCUGAACGAUACGCUCGAAGAUGAAUCGUCGCCCAGUCACACUGCGUGGUCAUCGGGAUGCACCGAGGAUGGCUCGUAUGACUCACUCACUGCAACUCCCGAUACGUCCGUAGGCGCGUCUUCGGCCCACACGUCUGCGAGUAUCCUGCUCGAUUCAGCGUCGUCGCUGCCCACGCCAGCACGUCUGCUCUACCGCUUCGCGCGCUCCGCACCCGAGCUGCUCGUCUGGGUCCUCUCGCGCUGCGUCGUCUCCUCCGUAUCGCAGAGAAACAUCGCCCACGCCGAGCCAGAAGCAUUACUCCUCGCAGACUGGCUCGAACGCAACCGCUCCGAUAUGAUCCACCUCGGACGUACCGCUGUAGACACUGCCAUACAGAUGAGCGGUAGCGUCUGGGUCAGACCGCGCCUAGACGACGCUAGAAAGAGCCUGGGCUUGCACACCUAG